AUGCAAAUCAAUUCUCGCCGCAUUGAACGCCUGCCGCCCUAUGUUUUUCACGAGGUCAAUGCCCGAAAGAUGUACCUGCGGCGCAAGGGCGUUGAUAUUAUUGACCUGGGCAUGGGCAAUCCCGACCAGCCGACACCGCCACAUAUUAUUGACAAACUCGCCGAAGUUGUCCGCGAUCCCAAAACGCAUGGAUAUUCGCCAUCGGCGGGUCUUCCGGCUUUGAGGCGGGCGAUUUGUCGCCAUUACAAACGCCGUUUUGACGUUGAUCUCGAUCCGGAAUCAGAAGCGAUUGUCACCAUCGGCUCGAAAGAGGGGCUGGCGCAUAUUUGUCUCGCGCUUCUCGAUCCGGGCGAUCUCGCCAUUGUGCCAAAUCCGGCGUAUCCCCUGCAUCUUUAUGGUGUUGCGAUUGCCAAUGGCAAUGUUUUCAGCUUGCCCUUGCGACCAGAAAAAGAAUUUGUGCCCGAUCUGCAAAUGAUCCCGCGGGAACUGUGGCCCAAACCCAAAGUGAUGAUUUUUAACUUUCCUCACAAUCCCACGACAGCUACUGUCGAUAUUUCUUUUUUUGAGGAGAUCGUGGAUUUUGCCCGCCGUCAAAAUAUCAUUGUUAUCCACGACAUGGCCUAUUCGGAUAUCGCGUUUGACGAUACCCGCGUGCCCAGUCUUUUACAGGUUAAAGGUGCGAAAGAAAUCGGUGUCGAAUUUUACACCAUGUCCAAGUCCUACAAUAUGGCUGGUUGGCGCGUCGGAUUUUGUCUUGGAAAUCCGAAGGUCAUCAAGGCACUUUCCAUUAUCAAAAAUUACUACGACUACGGCGUUUUUACCCCCAUCCAGGUCGCUGCAAUUGCCGCGCUUGAUGGCCCGCAAGACUGCGUACAGCAAUCGUCCGCUAUGUAUCAGAGCCGCAGGGAUACGCUGGUAGAAGGUCUCAAUCGCAUUGGGUGGCCCGUCAACAAGCCCAAAGCGUCGAUGUUUGUUUGGGCGCCUAUUCCAGAAAAAUAUCGGUAUCUCGGUUCUAUGAAUUUUCCCUCAAGCUCAUGGAAGAAGCCGAACUCGCGGUUUCUCCCGGUAUUGGUUUUGGGGAUAUGGGCGAGGGAUAUGUACGCAUUUCGUUAG